AGCUCUCGCACCGCUUGUUUCCGGCCGGACAAUUUCAGAGUGCACCAAACAUGUGUAACGGGAUAUAGUUCCCCUGUCAGGGUCACGCUGUUUCCUGGUGUGUUUAAGACAGGCACCAGGGAUGAUGUAUUGGAGACUCGUGCUGUCAGUGUUGGAAGGGGGAAGAAGAAGAAGCGUCAGAGGCUCGUGUGGCAGCAGGUAUUCAGAUCAUGUGCAAAGGUGGUUUGGCUCAUGUAGUGUACUCCAUUGUGAAAACCCCAAGAAUCCUCCUGAGGCUCCCAAUGCGACCGAACAGCAGAAUGAGACACCGGAAACACAGCCGGAGCCCAACAAGAAGGAGAACUUGCUAAAUGUCAUUGGAGGCAUGAAGGUUGAACUGAGCUCCAGAAGGAAAUUUCAGGCCAUGAAAACAAACAAAAGCAAAGAACACAGUGCAGAGAAUUUGGAAAGCGUGGAGAGUGCAAGCAGCAUGUUUCAGAGAGCUGCAGAAGAAGGUCACAUAGAAAACACAAAGCCACUGAGCCCAGAUUUGGUGGCGGCAGUCUCUGCGGUUGCUGAGUCCCUCCCAUCAAAUAAGAAGCAGAUUGAAUCGGAACUCCUAAAGCAACUGAGAAAGCAUGAGCAAGAAACUGAUGCACAAAAGAUAGGUGACAGCCUCAGCAACAUCAUCUCUGACAUGAAGGUCAAGAAGCACCCAGAUGUCCGAACAUCAUCUUGGCACUCCAACCAGAUUCGAUUCGAUGAGGAUGGGCGAGGGUACACCCAUGACAGGGGUGUUACACAGGAGCUAGCUGGUGUUAGAAGCAGGAGAGGACUGUACUCUGGAAGGCGGUUGAACAUAUUUCCUGUUUUUGCCGACCCUGAACAGCCAACUGGAACAGAACCAUAUCCUAGCCUGUGGGACGUGGAACUAGCUAAUCAAAUAGCCUCUGCUACUGAGCAGCCACCGAGGAAUGGGUUUGAGGAAAUGAUUCAGUGGACCAAGGAAGGGAAACUGUGGACAUUCCCGAUUGACAAUGAAGCUGGGCUUGAUGAGGAGCAGAAGGUAGAGUUUCAUGAACACAUAUUCCUUGACAAGUACUUGGAAGACUUCCCAAAACAAGGAGCCAUUAGACAUUUUAUAGAGCUUGUUGUCUGCGGCCUUUCCAAGAACCCUUACCUAUGUGUCAAACAGAAGCGGGAACACAUUGAGUGGUACCGGGAUUAUUUUAAGCAAAAAGAGGACCUUCUAAAAGAGUGCGAAGUGUACCUCAACUAAAGAACAUUUGGAACGUUGCAGUACCCCAAGACAUUGGCUCAUUAAGGAUACCACUUCUAGCUGUGGUGCAGACUUCAAUAAUCAAACAGAAGGUACCAAAAUACUUCAGCAAAAUACAAUGUUUUACUAUUCACUUCUUAAUAAAAUAAGUCUCACUUGGCUAUUAAUAAAAUAUUCACAGCUUUCUUGUAA